AUGACUUUGUUCCGGACAUUAGUUAGGGCAACCUAUCAAAUGGGCAAGAAUGGAAAUGUACCUCUUCGUCCGCUGUUAUCUUGUUCACCCCUCAUGCUGGCCGGAGACCGCUUGGCUCACACCCAGGACCUCACGAAGAAUAUCCAGUACAUCAGCAAUGAUAAGAUUAAACUCAACGUCGAUCCUGAAACCAUGAAAUUGGACAAACAACUGAACAGACCGACAUGUGUCAUGAUAAACUGGUUGCUGGCCAGACAGAAGCACGUCAUGAAGUAUGCGAACCUCUACUUGGAGCAGGGCUUUGAUGUGAUCUCUGUGUCCUGCACACCAUGGCAGCUGAUGUGGCCGAUGAAGGGCUCCCAGUUGGUAGCUGGUGACCUGAUCAAACUCCUGGCAGUAAACGAGACCGACCAGCCUACUGUGGUCCACGGCUUCUCAGUAGGUGGCUACAUAUGGGGUGAAGUGUGCGUGCAUGUGCUCAACAACCCACACUUGUAUCAACCUGUUCUGGACCGUAUCGUGGCUCAAAUCUGGGACUCUGCCGCCGAUGUAUCUGAAAUCAGUAUUGGAGUUCCCGACGCUGUGUUCCCCAAAAAUAAAAUCAUGCAGAAAACACUCAAGGCUUACAUGGAGUACCACAUGAAGUCUUUCCACAACGUGGCCACGGUACACUACAUCCGUUCAUCUCAGAUGUUCCACGCCAAUCCUUGUCACGCUCCCGCGCUCUUCCUUCUAUCGGCCAGUGACCCCGUCGGCUCCAAGAAAAGCAAUCAUUCCGUGUAUGAUGCUUGGACACAAAUGGGAAUCAAGUGUACGUGGCAGUGUUGGGAUCGCUCUCCUCACGUACAACAUUUCACCAAACACAAGGAUGAGUAUAUAGCGUUCCUAAACGCUCACCUCGCCGAGAAUGUGUCUGGAAAACAAAGGAUGAAGAUGGCUGGAAGAUAA